GAUGCCAGCAAAAUCUUCAAGGUGCAAAUUAAUAGUGCGACAAGAGCAGAACUGAUUAAUCGAACGUGUUCAGGUAAUAAGCCGCUUUUCACUUUCUUUGAUACACGAGAAGCAUUAACAAGAGGAACUAAUGCCCUGUGCUACUAACCACAGCAUAACCAAAGAGGGAGGGUUUCAAAGAGGGACGAAUUGGUAAUAAAGUAUAUUAGGGAGUGUUAGUUUUGUCGGAAAUACAGUGCCCUCUUUGCAAGAUGCCAGUGGGUUACGAAUGAUGGUCAGCCCAAAACACAACGAAGGUUUGCCGGAAGUUUUCUGUGACCCCAGCAGCGUGUAUGCGUCACUAAAAUGCCGGUUGAUCCACGCUACUGUUCUUCGAAAUUACAACCAGGAUAAGUGGUCUGAUUUCUAACGUCGUUGAAGUAUUUUUGCCGGACUGGAGGGGUUUAUAAUUUCACUCGUAUUCAAUUCCACUGCUUCUUUGCUUUUAGGCUACGAAAUGGAUAUGAAAUUGAUUAAAUCAAAUAUAUUCUUUAAAAUCUUAACAAUUAAUUGCCCCGAAAUGAUUAAGGCGAUUUCCUUCGCAUUGUUUCGUUCGCUGAUAAAAGCAAAAAGCCAGAACUCUAGCCUAGCAAAUCUCAUAGCUGUGACAAAACCAAAAACAUAAAAAAUAAAUUUAUUUCGGUAUAGUUAUCCGACUGAUAACACUUUAACUUGAAUUCAAAUUUACCGGAUUCGCCAUAUCAGCGGCUUGAUGUUAAAAAGAAGCGAUCAUUCCGGCCACUGCGGCGCGCAGUAAAAAAAAAACAAAACAUGAAAAUUAUUUGAUUAUUCAUUCACCGUGAAACUUUAUGCGUGUGUUGUGUUUUCGACGGAUAUAGAAAAAUCUGCAGUUCUUGAAGCUGCGAUUUUCUAAAAUGGCACUUUUGAGAAACUUUAUUUCAGUUUUGGUAUUUUGUUUGUGGAAUACCGCAAGUACAGACGCAAUCUCAAGGCUAGGUUAGUUAAUUUUUUCGCUUAUUGUGCGGGAUAUUCCUUGCACCCUUGAAGCGUUUACUAUUUGAAAACCAGUUGGAAUGCUAUCCAGAAUGAGCUUUUUUUUUUCAUGAGGAAAUACCGAAAUUAUCUUGAACAGUGCGCCAGAGUAGACCACCAAGAGGAUACGGUUGGGUCCAGAGGCACUCCGUUUGAAUUAGAAAAAAAAAGAAAUGCAUCUGAGCCUGGAUUUUAUCUUCCCCGAAAAUGUUUCCCUGGAUAAAACUAUACCUUUUUAGAUUUCAAAACUAUUUUCCGGUUUCUUGUAAAAGGGUAAACGCACUGGUUUUGAAAAAUCAUCUUAGAUAUAAACAUGUUUCGGGAAUGGCACCAAAAGGCCGAAAUUUAUAGUAAACUAGCGAGUUAGAUUUGAGUGAAUCACUGCUAAAAUAAUGAUUCAAGCAAACACAGAACAUAGUAUUGAUGACAAAUUAGCACAGCUCGAGUCUAAUCUCAAGUUCACCUUGCUUGAAAGAAAUCUUUUUUAAAUAUUACUCUAGGUUCGUGGAGCGAAUGGAGUCCAUGUUCGGUGACAUGUGGAAGUGGAAGCCAGCGGCGGGAAUUUCGAUGUUCAGUGUGCCAGAAUGCGUGGAUACAAAAGACAAGGGGGUGUUUUACGUCCUGUAUAAACCACAGCAUUACCAAUCAAGGAAUGCUUCGACGAGGCAAAAACAACAUGGCUUUGAACAACAACAGCAUCAGAGAAGCGUUGGUUUCUUCUGAAAUACAGUGCGCUCAUUACUGCCUACGAUCACCUGAAUGUCGCUCUAUCAAUGUU